AUGUUGAAAGUUUUAACAUCGUUUCCGAAAAUUAGCGGUCCCGCCAUUAGAGGUUUUAAAUGUAAUUUUCACUCUUGCAGAUUUGUAUCGAUUCCACAACAUAGUCAAACACAACAGUUGAACCGUUGGACUAAGCCAUCAGUACAGUAUCCAUCAUGGAUUUCCUUUACUCGUUUUUGUCAUGUAAAACCAUCAGAGUUGACUCCACGUGAAAAACUGAAAAUUGCUGCUAAAGAAUACGGUUCUGUGUUAAUUGUGUUCCACGUUGGAAUCUCAUUGAUAUCAUUAGGUUCGGUGUAUUUUUUCAUUAGUAAUGGUGUUGACGUCCAACAGUGGAUUGGGUGGAUGGGUCUGUCAAAUGCAAACGAGAACACUAAAAUUGUGGCUGGAGCGAGUCAGUUUAUCAUUGCAUAUGCCAUUCAUAAAUCUUUUGCUCCAGUACGCAUUUCAAUAACACUUAUAUCCGUACCAUUAAUUGUACGAUACCUUAGGACUAAAGGAAUAAUGAAAAUGAAAAAAUGA